GUUUCUGCUCUUCUUUUCUCCCCUGCAGCUCCCGAAAUCCCCCCUCCAAGCCGCCGGCACCAGCUUUGAAAAAUUUGUGAGAAAGCUUGGAAUUUCUCCUUCUUUCUUGUCCAAGAACCUGAUUUGGAACCCAGAAAUCUUUCCCCCUUGCUGGAAAUUCCAGAUCUGCCUUGCUCUGCUUGUCUUCACCGUCGGCCGCUAUGUGGGUGGGUGAUUUCUGGGCAUUUUUCAGUAAGAACAGCCCCUAAUUUCCUUUGUUCUUGCUUGAAUUGGCUUGGGUUAACUUUGAUUGCUCUUAUUUCCUUCAAUUUUGGGUAGAUCCGUGAGUUUCUCCCUUGCACUGCCGCCGGCUUCUUCCCCCUGUAGCUCCGGUUUCUACAGCUGGAGAAUUAUGGUUUUUGAUCGUUCUGUCAGUUAAUGCGUGAAUUGAGUGCUCGGUUUUAUGCAAGUGAGGUAAGUAAAUUAUGGUAACGCCCUUUGAUUUUAAAAGCAUGUUUUGAUUUGUUUUUGAAGUGGUGGCGGGACUAAACCCGUUUUACACGAGCAUGACUAAUUUGAAGUGAAAUGUUUAUGUUUUUCAUUAAAUUGAGCAUGCCUACUUGAAAGUGAUUGUGAACUGUCUUGAUGAUCUGAAAGUGAUUGUGAAUUGUGAUUUUCCUGUUAAUUUCUGCCUGUUUUGUCUCCGAUGUGGUCAUGUUAUUCGUGACCCUGCUAGUGGGGGAGGUUAUAAACACUAGCACAUGUCGGCGCAUGUCGAUAUGUUAUUCGUGACCCCGCUAGUGGAGGAGGUUACAAACGCUAGCACAUGUCGACAUGUUAAUGAUAGAGCCGGUUCGUUCAACCCAGCUAGUGGGGGUUAUACACCAGCAAAUCGUGGCCCUGCUAGUGGGAUUAUACACUGGCCGUGACUUAUAGAGGAGAAGUCUAUUUCGUUCCCUGUAUCUGUUUUGCGUGAUUGCACAUGUUGGCAUGCUAUAAGUUUAAUAAUGGGCACUCCAUAUUUACUUACUGAGUUUAUCUCAUAGUUUUUCUUUGUCCACCAUUUCAGGAAAUGAAACCGAGGACGGGGAAACCACGGGAAGUGACGAGUUAGAAGGCUAGCCAUAUUGUAAUUGAACAUAGAUUUUAUAAUUUGAUCUUCAGAUUUUGAUGGUAUCAGAGUAUGAUAUGAAUAAGUUUCGAGCCUUGUGCAUUUGUGAGACCCGUCUCACGAGUGCACAGCGUCUGUCGUGUCUCGAAUUUGGGUUUUGGGGCGUGACAGCUAGACUAAUAACUCUAAGUUAAGAUUCAUAGACCCUUAAAAACUUAAGUUCAAAUUGUUAACAAUAAUUGGUUUAUACACUUAUAUACCAAUCAUACUAUACACUUUCAUCUUGAUGUAAAAUUCGAGGUGCUAUAUUACAGUACUGGACCAAUGGUUAGCAACCAUACUAAUCAUUUGACUAGCUCUAAUCAAGCCUAUUUGAUCAC